UGUACCCAACAGACAUCAUUUGGGUCAUGUGGUCAUAGUGCUUGCUACUCCGCACCAGGAAUUCCGGGGAUUCCAGGACACCCUGGACCCGCGGGAUCACCCGGCAAUCGUGGACCUGAAGGACCCACGGGCCCAAGAGGAAACAUAGGUGAUAAAGGAUCUCGUGGAAAGCAGGGACCUAAAGGAGAUACAGGACCCUCGGGUUCGACGGGUUUACCAGGAAGCAAAGGUGAACCGGGCAUCCCUGGACGCCCUGGACCUGCAGGACCAUCAGGUAAACAAGGACCUAAAGGAACAAAGGGUCUUACAGGAAACAAAGGAGACACAGGACCCUCGGGACCGGCGGGUCAAGCAGGAAGCAAAGGUGAACCAGGAGCUCGUGGCAUCCAAGGUCGACAGGGAACUCCUGGUUCUGCAAGUUCCUUGCGAAGUAACUGGAAACAGUGUGUAUUUAAGAGUAUAAAUGACGACAGAGACACUGGUUUGAUCAAGGUAAACACUUAACUCUUAAUAGAUUUAUGCCACUUAAUGUUGUGCUUUUUAUCUUCGAAUAUGGAUGUGAAUUAUCCCGACAGGAUUUCGUACAAUCCUACAAAUAAACACGGAUAAAUAUGAUUAAUACUGGGGAAAGUGAAGUCUUGACCCUAAACGUACGACCCAUUCAAUAACCUAAGAUUCAACCCAACACUUUUUUAAGUCAUCCCUAAUCUUACAUUUUCUUAAAUGUUAUUAUUACUCGGGUCUAAAAUUUCUUUAAAACUAUUUCAGGUAGUAAUUAAAAUGUAAUAAAUAUUGAUAGGACCGACAUAUAACCAUAGAUUAAAAGCUAUAUGCUUUUUAAAGCAUUGCUAGAUAAAAAAAAGAAAGAAAGAAAAGAGAAAGAAUAAGAUAAACGCUACAAAGCUUCACGAGGCGUUUAGGCCAUUAUAACAAUUUUCAAUUUAAGCGUUAUUUUAAUCAUUCCAUAGGAAUGUAUUUUCAAGAAAACAUCCGACAAUACAGCCUUGCGUGUCUUCUGGAAUGGCGACUUCCGUGUCGCUAACUGCCACGACUGCUGCAAUCGGUGGUACUUUACCUUCAAUGGUGCAGAAUGCUCGGUUCCGGCAGCCAUUGAUGGUUUAUUUUAUUUGAGACAUGGCACUAGCUGGAAAAAGAAUCCACAUCGCCCACGUCACAUCGAAGGAAUCUGCGAGAAGCUCCGUAAGGGCACGGUCCGCGUGGGAUUCUGGAUCGGUAAGUGCCCUAGUGGUACCAAACUUGGCGACGCGUAUACAGGCUGGAACUCAGUCUCCAAGAUCAACAUAGAAGAGGUGGCUCCCCCACAGCCGUAA